AGUCGCGUCGCCCAAAAUUCCAUAAUGUGACGAAAAGUCUCCAUGUAAACCUUCACGAUCUAGGAUUGAUACCCCAUAACAUAUGCCAUAUGCCAUAUGCUAUAUGCUAUAUGCUAUAUGCUAUUUAGGAUCUGUAACCUGUUACGAUGUUAAGGCAAGAUAUUAAUCGUAUAGACCCCAAAAGACGAAAUGUCGUCGACCACCGCAAGAAACAAUUUGCCGAACCUACCUAUAAGGAAACUCAAUAUCCUCAUCGUCUAAAUUUUUACGAGACACCCCCGACGGCAGACAUUACCUUGGAACAAUUUGAACAAUGGGCUAUCGAUAGGCUUCGGGUCCUCGCCGAACUAGAAGCAUGCUCAUUCCGCAAUAAAUCCCCUGCCGAGACCGCCGCACACAUGAAGCCGUUGCUCGAGAAAUACCUCCCACUCGAUUCUAACUCAUCUUCCUCGUCUAAGCUCUUGGCUGAGAGGCAAAAAGACCAUUACAGCCAUUUCAUUCUCCGACUUGCAUUCGCAUCAACCGAGGACCUGCGCCGAAGAUUUAGUCGCGUCGAGACAACGCUCUUCCGUCUGCGAUUAGCCGAGGACAGUGCGCGCGAGCGAAAUGCCUUUAUCCAGAGUUUGAACUUGGAUUGGGAACCUGUAGCCGAAGACGAGAGGAACAAGUACUUUGCCGAAUUGACGGCGACCAUCGGCUCCAGAAAGGGGGACGAAGAGACAGCUUGGUAUAAAGUCGAUUGGGAGCGUGUACCCGAUUUAGUUGAAACUAGGAGGGUAUUAUUAAAGGCCGGCAAAGCCUAUGUUCCUUCAAAAGAGCUACCAAGUAUGGUCACUGCUGAGUUUACGAAGAGACUAGACCGAUCGCUAGAGCUUACGGCGCGUGCACUGCCACGACUUGAUGAGGACGAUCGACUUACACCGAUCCUCGAUCACCUCUCUAAGAAUUUCGUCACUCCUGACGCGGCUUAUACCAGCACCAGUUCUGCCGUCCCCGGCGCCGAAAUCACAGCGCGGAAUAUCGAUAAUCUAUCCUCACAUUUCCCCCUAUGUAUGCAGCACCUUCACCGAUCGCUGCGCCGGGAUGCACAUUUGAAACAUUUUGGCCGUCUACAAUACACGCUUUUCUUGAAGGGUAUCGGUUUAAACUUGGAAGAAUGUCUAAUAUUCUGGCGUACUUCCUUUCACAAGAUCACAGACGAUACUUUCAAUAAGGAGUACAGAUACAACGUAAGACACACGUAUGGCGACGUCGGUGGAGAUUCAAAUAGGCGCGCAGGUGGCUACUCGCCGUUCUCGUGCCAGAAGAUUUUAACGGAGCAUCCACCUGGCCCCGGUGAAGCACACGGGUGUCCAUAUCGGCAUUUCAACCUGGAGAAUCUAACUUCCCUACUCCAACAAGUAGGCAUCUCUGACCGGUCAGUCUUACAAGGAGUCAAGGAAGAUAAAGAAAAUCAGAAAUUCCACAUGGCUUGUAAUCGUGUGUUCGAAUACGUGCAUAAGAAUGAACUCAAGAAGGCUAAAGAUGAGGGCAUUAUGACCGUUGCCCAGCUCGAGACGAUCGUCCAUCCAAACAAGUAUUUCGAGAGGAGUUACUUGUUGAAGAAUCUGGGAAAGUCCAAUAAUGGGGACGACGUCAAAAUGGAGGGAUUCUAGUUGACGUGUAUAGGUAUCUUUAAUUGUGCUAGCAUUAUACGAUUUGAUUGGGAUGGAACGUAUGCAUUAUUCACGAAUUUCCCUCAGGGCCACGUUGGGUGCGCAAGAAACUCGGAUGGGGCGUUGUGGUGUUUUUCGAUAGUAGGGCACAAUUCGAUAAUGUUUCACUGCGGAAAGCCACGGGCUGAUAUACAUAUGCAUGUCAAUGAAUGAAGACAACAGUCUAUGCAAUGACGAUUUCCUGACGAGAUUUAAGACAUGGACAGGUCACACUACAGCUAAUAAACGCCAAUUCAACUUGUACGACAAUUGGACCUCAAGGCUUGUUGAUAUUA